ACCUGCUACUAUUGUUCCCUAUUCCUCUGGACAUCGCUUACUGUUAUUAUUACAACAACAACAGCAGCAGCAGCAACAACAACAACAGCAAGAACAACAACAACAACAACAACAACAACGGUACGGUUAUCCCGACCUCUUCUUGUAUCGCCUCCAACUCUUCUACGACUUUGCAUCAUCAAGUAGAACCUGCUACUAUUGUUCCCUAUUCCUCUGGACAUCGCUUACUGUUAUUAUUACAACAACAACAGCAGCAGCAGCAACAACAACAACAGCAAGAACAACAACAACAACAACAGCAACAACAAACGUCAAGUGCGAUCCCGAGCCCCACGGCUACGACAACGACAGCCCUGUUAUCUCCGCGCUUGUUAUUGUCACCCGUUCGCUCAUCGACGUUGUCAUUGUCUUCGUCGUUGAAUUCAUCCGGAAAAAAAAGCGACAACAACAACAGUAAGUUGGUGAAGAAAUCGGCCAACUUGCUGUUACCUUCAUCGUCGACUUGCACAUUAUCUCCACCAUCGUUACCAUUAUUAUCUUCUGGUUCCAUUUCUGUUUGUUCUUCAUCAUCGUCAUCGCACACCACAGUCUCUUCUUCCUUGUCAUCGUCGUCGUCGUCGUCGUCGUCGUCAUCGUCGUCGUCUUCAUCGUCGUCGUCGUCGUCGGCAUCGUUAUCUCACCGGACAGCCCGAUCCCCGUCCACCUAUGACAAUAACAACUCCAGUGCUAACAGUACUGGCAGCAGCAGCCAACAUUCAACUCUGCCCCUAUCUCCCAGAAGUGACCCUUCUCGUAAAUGUCGCGGAUCGGUUGAUUCCAGGGGUCCUACUAGCUCAGGUGAGACGACAGCCACCACCAAUACCGAAGAGGGACAUCAUCAGCGGAUCUCUGCAAGUUGUGGAGAGACAGCUGGUGGUAAGGAACGUCUUUCAAAAAUCGAGGAGAAUAUUGAGUCAUCUAUCAGUGCCAAAGCCAGAACAAAGAUCGGCAGCAUCCUUCAAGAUGUGAACCAGUUGUCUGAUGUAGAAAAGUUAUUGUUGUACCUCAAACUUCCUACUGGCGCCACCAAUGAUGACCAACUCACACUCAGUCCGACCUCAUCUCUGCAUACAACAAGCCGUGUUGAACAGACUCAGGCAUUCACAUGGAUCAAGAGCCACUUGGAAGAGAACUGUGAUAUCUGUCUACCCAAAAAAGAAGUUUAUGAAGAAUAUAGAAACUAUUGCGAAAGCCUCUCCCUUCGUCCACUCAGCACUGCUGACUUUGGCAAGAUUAUGAAAUGUGUCUUUCCAAACAUCAAGCCAAGACGUUUAGGCCAGAGAGGUCAAUCAAAAUAUGUGUACAGUGGCAUACGCAAGAAGCUGGAGGUACAGCCACCCGUCUUACCAGAGUUGGAAAUCUCUCCAAGAAAACUGAGGGAUGACGACAGCUAUGGCCGAGAUGAGCUGUUCAAUGCUUCCUGCCAACUGGUUUGUGAGUGGGCGGAGAAGUUGUUGGAACGUGGUUUUACUGGUCUUCGUGAUCUAUCAGAGUUCCUCGUCAGCAAUUCUUAUGUGAACAGCAAAUCUAUGGCUGCAUUUACAGUCAGUGCAGCUAUGCAAGAGGCUGGGACUCUUAGUGCAAAUGCUGCAAUGUCAUCUCUUUUCUCCAAUGCUUCUGGUGGAGACAAGCAUCGGGAAACACAAUUACAACUCCAACGUAAGCUGCAAGAACGAGAAAUACUGAAGGAGCAGAAACGUCGUCUACAUCAACAAAGGCAAGAGAAUGAAUUUGAUAGCAAAUCUCCCCAAAGGACACGAAACGAAACUCACACCCCGGGCCUUCCAAGCCCGAAGACCAAGUUUUUAUCACCGUCAUCUUGUUUACGAUUUCGAUCAUCAAGUAGUUUGGAGAACUUACUCAUGCCGACUGCGUUAUCCGAUAGUAAAUCUCGCAUCAAAGACCAACCUACGAGUUAUGCAACAGCUGCUGCCGCAGCAGACCGGAGAUGGCAUCAACCAAAUUGCCAAGAUGUGGCUUCAAGCAUUGCUGCACAUUCUCUUUCCCAGCCAUUAAAACUGUUGUCUGCUCGAUCUCUUUUCCAAGAGAAAACUCCAGAUAAAUCAUCCAGUAUCUGUGAUCAAUCCGACGAAAGAUCUACGUCUCAGCUCUCCAAAAAGGAGGGCAGCCACGAUUCAGCAGACACAAAGCCCAAAAUAGACCAACUGGAAAACUUUCUUUCUGUGAAAAAGCCAUCUGUGAUCCCAGCUCAAAGUUGGGUUGAUGAGAAAGGAUGUAGCAAGCCUAAAAGUAACGCUGGGUCAAGUUUAUCAGCCAUAUUGUCAACCCCUAAUGAAGAAAGUGAAGACAACCUGCACAAAAAUCAGUCAUCAGCUGAUGACAACAACGGCACUGGUGCCGAUGCUGGGGAUAAUCAGACAGACAACAGUGUGAAUAGUAACAGUGGUACCUUUUCCCUAAACGUGAUUCUUGAUAAAACUUCACGAGUUGGGAGUGGAGUACCCCUUGUUUCGCAGCCUGGUUAUGCAAAAAGUGCAUUUGUUCCUUUUUCGCAGAUGCAUUUGCAGAAUGUGGCAGACACAAAGACAACACAAUCAACUGAUUACGCAGUUCCAUCAUCACAGAAGACAGCUGAGCAUAACUCUGAGCCGAGUAUUUUAGCACAAAUGUUAGAAUCAAACGAAAACUCAUCGUCACCAUCUUCUCCUAAUUGUGGACAGAGUGGCAACUAUGUGCAGGUUCCAUCUUCUAGUAAAGCAAGUGGGGAGUCUGAAAGUGUGCCUGUAAGUUCUGUAGAAUUAAUCAGUCAAACAUCUCCAUCUGUUUCCAAACGAUCUCGAUCCCGCUUUGCACCAAUACGUCCCAAGGCCAUGCAGCCUAAAACAGUAUUGUCAUUACUACAGGAACCAAGUACAAGUACCUCUGACUUCCCACACUACGAUUGUCGGCCAAUAUCUGCAAUUUUAAAAGAAAAACGUGCUCGAGAACAGGCUGAAGCGCUGAGCCAAAGUAACAGCGUGACAUCACUCCCUGCAUCCCUCGCAUCAUCCACUUCUACUGCAUCCCCAUUCAAUUCUGUUGCAACUGUAACAGAAGUCGUUACUAUACCUGUCAACCAUGUUAGCAAGUCAAAUGAACUUCUCAUAAUCUUGGGGUCCCCAGCUUCUGGAGCCAUGGGUCAUUCCGGUAAUGUGUUUCUAUCAUCUGCUCAGAACACUCCAGCCAUUGUUUCAGGAACUAAUUUGGAUCAGCAAUCUGCUGUAACGGCAGCAACCAUUCUCCAAACCAUUCCAUCAAUCACAAGCAAUAUCGUUCCCAAACCUGAUGCCGUCUCCUCCCUUAGCAACAACCCAGGAUGUAUUACUGCUAAUAACGAACAGCUGAGUCUGAAAACUAUACAAUUAAGUGCUACCAACCUUUCAAUUCCUACUCAGCAGCUGUUCACCUCCAUAAAUACUCAACCUGCAAUUACUACGGAAGAACCACCAAACAACACCAUUCAAACUGCUCCAACCAUUGGACUUUCUUUGACCGGUGGUCUAACUGGUCUGUCUGAUGUACAAGAAUGUCCAAUAGAGAACCAGAAUCAGUUUAUGAUCUCUAAAAACAUCCAGUUAGAAGGAACUUUGCUUUCAGGUUUCAACUUUAGUUUAGCAGAUACUUCGCAGCCACAAGUUGGUUCAAUUGCAAACAUGUUGGCAACAGACGCCUCCAUUCCUCAGGUAGCAGUAAAAAUGGAACCAGGUAAAUUAGAUUGCACAUCUGCUCAAAUCCCAUUGUCUACCAUUGCUUCAGUUGGAAAAACUGCUAUGGUUGAAUCGUCUGUUGACAUUGCGAAUUCAAACGAACCCAGUGGGGCAAACAGUGUGAACCAACCUCAGUCGAUUGCUAAAAUAUUUCUAAGUGAUUUCACUCAAUCAAUAAAUUCCUCUGAAUCUUACCCUAGUGAUAGCGCCGUCAUUGUUUGUAAAAGGGAGCAGAUUGCUGCUGCAUCUCAGACCAAACAAGAAACUCCUCAGCAACAACAACAACAACCACCACCACCUCAACAACAUCCACCAUCUCUUUUGAGACCUUUACUCAACUCUGAUCUGAACUCAAGCGAACUUUCGAAAACUAAAAUCUUGAAUGAACUGCUGAGUUCUGAAGAUUCUCCGGAAACUAAAUCAAACCCUGACAGUCCUUUGGAGGAAGUGAAAUUAGAACCCAUCCAUGAAAACCUUUUAGACAGCUGCUUGAAUUUAAAAAGUUCUCCAUCGAGUUCUGAAUCUAAUCUAGAAGAAAUGUCACUUCAGUCAGAAGUGGCAACGGUGUCGGCUGUGUUACCUGGUUCCAUCAACGAAGAAGACAUGGUUAAUUCUCAGACUGGAGCAGCAUCUGGAGAAUCUUUAAUUUUUUCAAGACCUCCGUCGUGUGGUCGAACUUUGUCAGGCGACACAUUCUUCUCAGUAUCUCAGGGUAACAUCACAACUCCGGUAACAACUGGUUUACUUCAUCUUGGUACAUUAACGAGCAAUGGGACUAUUGCUUUUGUCAGUACCGAACCUGUAGCUGUUAGUAUGCCUGCUCAGCAACAACUACCUGUUCCUCCUCCCCUUCCCCCUCUCAAUGACAAGAACACAUGUUUGCAAACAGAUACGGUUGUCACUUACAGCAAUCAGUUAGUCUCCAGCCAUAUGUCUUCUGCUUCUUCAUCACAGACUAUCUUAACUGAAAACAAACCAAUUGACUCGACCAUCACCUUUCCUGUUGUCCAAUCUAACCAGGUGGGUGCGGAUAAUUCUGAUUCACUGAUCAUAGAUUUCAACCCCCCUUCUAACGAACACUUGCUCAAAGCUCACUCGGACAAACCCUCGAAUAACCGCAAACGGAAAGCCAGCGAUAAACCGGUUUGCAACAAUUCCAAAAAGAAAACCCAGGUAAACAAACUUGCUGCUGAUUUGGCAGAAAAAAUUGAAGCGAAUGUUUCUUUGAUCUCUGCGGGUCAAGACUGGUCAGACAUAUUAAGUAAUUCUUCAGAUACGCUGAACAAUUCUGUGAGCAGCAGUGCCAUUGUAGAAUCUGUUCAAAGCCCUGACAUAUCGAGUGUAGAAAAGGAUGCUUUGUUGGACAGUACUCCGCAAAUGGUCAACCUUGGAUUGUCCAGCCCUGGAUCGAGUCAAUGGCUCUCAACCAGCAAGAUGAGUUCCCAUGCCCAGACCAUGUCCACUGGCAUUAGUGGUAAAACAGCAAAUCUUUCUAUAAAGCUGCUCCAGAGGCAGUCAUCGCAGCAAGCUGAUAAGCAUAUUACCGAUACUCUGAAUAUCAACCCGUGUCUGGCCAAAGAUGCUGUAUCUACUAUUAGUCAUCAUCUGGAUGCUGUUAGCAGUGAUACUAACAAUCAGUUAUCUGCACAAGGUGUUUCUUAUGCAGAGUUAUCUCCCCACCAGGUGGCUUCAGAACUUGCUGCUUUCAAGCGAUCUGCCUCUGAUUCUCUCCCUUCCUUCUUACAAUCCGUUGAGCAAAAUUCCCCCUCAAAUAAUCUUGGAGAUAAAACGGCCAACAAAAGCAGUGCCAAGAGAAAAAUGUCUUCAGAUUCUAGUUUACUUCAAAAACAUCUCACUGACAUAUCCCUCCGGCAACAGACACUGCAAGAACAUCAGCAACGUAUCAAACAAGUGAAGUCAAGCUUUUUGUCCGACAUCUUACAGUCUUCUGGUAGCGAAGGGAAAAAGGAUUUUAUUGAAGAUGAGCUGCCAUCUGAUGUUGCUGACUUCAUUACCGAAUCGAUGACAUGUAACAGUCAAAACAACUCUGUAUUUCCAACGAGUGGCGCUAACGAACAGCCAUUUCCUGAUCUUAAGCAUGAUGUGGAAGAUUUAUUGAACCAAACCAACACGUCCAUUCCUUCUGAAGGGCCUGGGUCUGUAACUGUUACCACAGCUCUUAGUACUAAUGAGUUUGUCUCUGAAGUUAACUUCAAAGGUGCUACAACAUCCAUUUCACUGUUAAGUGAAGGCAACCAUAAAAUUAAUGUUCAUAACAACAACAACAACAGCAACAGUGAUGCCUCUAAUAACUCAACAAUUAACCGUCCAAUCGGGGAUCUUCUCCUCAAAAAAAAAAACACAUUUGUGAUCCCUGAUGCACAAGCUGUAGUUCGGAAAGGGACCGAAGUAAAGCAAACUCGGUUCCCUGCAGUUGCACUCCUUCACCACAAUCAACAACAACAACAACAACAGCAGCAGCAGCAGCAGUUACUGCAGCAACCACAACAUGUUUCUUCUGUGCAACCUACAUCUUUAUGUGACAUGGCAGCUUUCCAAGUGUCUUCUUCUCAGGCACCAGAAUUUGUGGCUCCUAAUGUUACUAUAACGCAAAGGUGGCACACUAUGAACUAUGACAAAACUGGUUCUCACACCCCAGUGUCAGAUAGUGGCUACAGCAGUGCAAGCCCUAUACACAGUACUCCACCUGCUGUCUCGAAUUCUUCAUCAACUACAACUGACCCUUUGCUUAACAAUAUUAUUACUGGUUUUGAAUCUCGAUCGUCGAGUUGUGAACCACCAACUCAAAGCCCUGUCACAGACCAACUUCUUCAACAUUAUACACCACUCAUUCUUUCUCAGGGCUCAAACGGAAGCUCGGUGCCCAGUCCGACAAAUCUCCCACCCUCCCCAAAAACCUUUACUCCCAUCCAUGGAAGCUCAUUAGGUACUAAUACUUAUGACCCACCCCCCAUUCGUCCUACGGCCACUGUAGCCAGUAAAAUUCUAUCUCACCAAUUACAUUCUGUGACUGGCUCUUCAGCUUCCAAAGUUCAAGCCCCAGGGAGUAGUUCUCAGCAGCCAAAUAAAUUAAAUAAAGAAAACAACAAAGAACUGCUGAAUCUGUUGAAAGCCAAGAAUCCCCCUUCCUACGAAAAUGCCAUUCGAAUGCUAAAUCAGAAAGCAGCACAAGGAAUCGGCUCCUCGUAUCAAAACCAAAGUCAUAGCAGCUUAUCCGGAACCAACGCUAGCCAUGCGGAACAACAACAGCAGACAGCAGCAAUAACUACAACAACAUCGACAGCAACAACAACAACUACUGUAACACCAACAUCAAUAGUGGCUGCAACAAUGCCGAAAGCAAGAACGAAAACUCGCUCCAAAUCCGUAUCAAACAGUAACUCUGGCAAGAGCAGAACCAGCCGAAGGCGUUCGACAAAAGAUAGCAACCCAAGCAACAGUGUGGAGUCAGCGAAAAAGGCAAGUGCACCUCAUUUAGUGAGAUGCUUGUCUGAUAACAGUGGUACCAUGUCUAGCACAAAUGAGACACAAGUUGAGGAGAACUUGAAUGCAAAACCAUCAGAAACAGAGUUGAAAUCUUCAGGAUCUGAGAACCAUGAAGCUGGAAGUAAAGAACCUUUGGUAAUGAAAAAGAGAUUAGCUGUGUCAGCAGCAUAUCCUUUCUCUUAUAAACUAUCUCUAUUGAAAGAUCGCAGUGCGGUUGUCAUACCAGUAGCUGCUGGGGACCAUCCGACCGUCUCAGUAGAACAUCCGGCCACCACCACUCAGGCCGAAUUCACUAAAAUACCGUCGGUCAAGACAGCAAAAAGCAAAAACGAAGAAAGAUUAAGCAUCAGUCGGUCAAGCAAGUCUGGCCAAAUCAUCAAAAACUCUAAGUCCAUCUCUCGCAGCCAGUCUGUACCAUUACAGAACGUAGAUGCUGGCAAACCGAAACAAGGUGGAACCCACAAAAAGAAAUCAACCCACAUUUCAGAUCUACCAAAUGUUAAUUAUAUGGGAAACGCUCCAAAUGUAGAUUUGAGUCGGGUAUUUUGGGAGAAAGUCCAGCCGACACAGAAGCCUAAAGCUCACAGAAAAUGUGUAUCAACCAAUAGUGAAAGUGGUAGCAGUAAUAGUGAGAGCAGUAGUAGUAGUAGUGGUGGUGGUACUGGCGCCACAAGUGGUGCUGGUGGUAGUGGUGGUAGCAGCACUGGGAAAGGAGGCAGUAUCAGUGGUAUGAAUGAGAGCAACAACUGCAGUGAGGACAGUAGCAACUUGUUGAUGAACGUAAGCACAUCUAAUAACUUCAUAGGUAAAGGGAGCCAGAUCCUCGAGACGGGUUCAACGGAAAUAAACGCUGAAGAUUUCCGAGCUAACCUCGACGUACUGUUGAACAUGCAUUGCUUCCGGAGGGACUUCGAGCAAGGCGGUUCCCUAUCGUUGGUCAGUGCAGACAGCCCUGUCACAGACCAACAACAACAGCCCCUGAUCGUAUCAUCUCAGGUUGCCCUUCAACUUGCUGGUUCAGUGUCGACUGUUAUUACUACCACAACUACUACUGCUGCUGCUGCUACUACAACUGCUGCUGCUGCUUCUACUGCUACGACGACUAGUCCUACCGCUUCUAGUAACAACAACAACAACGGCAGCGGUAGCAGCAGCAGCAGCGACAGUGGCAGCAACGCUAUCACUCAUAGUACAGUUUCUACGACCAAUUCUCCCAGCACCAUCACUACCACCACCACCACCACCACCACCAACAGUAACAGGAACACUACUAUCUUGGAAGAACGACUCAGUUCUGGUGCUUACCAAGAUAGGAUGUUACAGUCUCAAACAGUAGCGUACUCUCCACACUCUAUGCAGUAAAUUAAACGUUUAAAACAAUCAUACGACAUAAACACAGUUUUUCAACCGGACCCCCGCCCCCCCAACAACCCCCACCCUCCCCACCCGCAACAAAA